AUGAAGACGACGAACAAGUAUGGAGGUUCGUUGGUGGAUCUACAAUGGGGAACAUUGGCUCUCGACGACUGCAGCAGAUCUGAUGGUUUCCUUCUUCAGCCCCUUCACGGAGGUACCUCUCCUCCGAUGAGCCUCCUUGGUGGUGGUGGUUCAGUGUUAAGAAGGUACAGAGGGAGGUGGAUCGUGGUUUUCGAGCUUGGCUGUGAAGAUCUUACCGAUCCUGGGCAGAUUUACAUGUUUCAAGGCCUUCUAGCUAUGCUGCCGCCAACGACUCCUAAUGGAAAAAUAAUUUGA